CUGUCAAAAUAACCUAAAAGUGUAACAUUAAAAAAAUAAUAGAAACUUAUUUAUUGUUUUCUCAAUAGAAUUACAAAUAAAAGCCAAAAAUUAUGUCAGCGGCGAAGCGUGUGCAGCAAUGGGCUACCUUUGCGCGAACCUGGCAUAUUUUCGACUGCAAAUGGCAAGACCCGUACCAGUCGGCAAACGUUAUUAAAAAGUAUUUAAUGGGUUUACAUAAACCAAUUUAUCAUCCAAUGAAUGAUUGUGGAGAUGUCGUCGUUUGUAUAAACAGCAGAGAAAUAGCUUUACGAGGAGAUGAAUGGCGAAAGCGGGCGUAUUUCCACCACACAGGAUAUCCUGGAGGAGCUUCUUGGACUUUAGCCUGGGAAGUUCACAACAAGGAUCCUACCAUGAUUAUAAAGAAAGCAGUAUACAGAUCAAUGAAAGGUAAUCUACAGAGGCGACACACAAUGCAGAGAUUGUUCAUAUAUCCCGGUGAAGAGGUUCCUGAUGAUGUGAUGCAAAAUGUAACCAAUCAAAUAAGACAACUACGUUUCGUUCCCACAAGACUAGAUCACAUACCUGAGGAAGAUGUUCAGAAAUUCCCCAAAGUCAUGGAAUAUCCUAGCGAUUAUGUGCUUAAAUAAGUUUUGGUUUAAAGCAGUUAUUUUUAGGUCAGAUAGAUGUUAUUGUAGUCAAUAAAUUGUAUUGAAUUAUAA